CAUGUAUUUUAUCAAAGUACGAUUCAUGGACCCUGUAUAUCUGACUCGACAGGAUAUUUGGACGUAGAUUGUUGCUUACAAUGUAACACGUGGGUAUCUCCUGCAGGACAGUGGAUCACAAGAUCCAAUAACUCAUGGCCUAGUCAUAAUGUCAAACAAAGUAUUAUAAAACACGGAGUACUUUUUGUACCGGUUGGAGUUAAGGGCUCACCAAAAGAAGAUCUAGAAUGGCGAAUAUCAUUUUCAGUUGGUGAAAAAUUUCUAAUUAAUACCUUUACACACACUCAACUACUGUGCUAUGCUCUCUUUAAAAUUAUAUUGAAAGAUGUAAUAGCUACUUUCUCCGAAUGUGAAGAUUUACUCUGUUCUUACUUUCUGAAAACAAUUGUGUUCUGGAUAUCUGAAGAACUGCCGCAAUCCGUAUGGAAACCUGAUUACAUUAUUCCUUGUUUUAUGCGAUGUUUUAGCAGGCUGGUGUAUUGUGUUAAGCACUCAGUUUGCUUACACUACUUCAUUCUAGAGAACAACAUGUUCGAAAACAAAACUGUGGGCCGUGCUCGUGAAGUACUUUUAGAAAAAUUAUAUAUGUUGCAUAGUAAUAAUUGGCGAUGCAUUUUAUUUUCUGAUCAAAUAUCUUACUUUAAUUUAUCAAUUUGGAAUUUCCCCUUUGAACCGCAUACACUAUAUUCCAAAGAAGUAGAAAAAAUAAUUUCAUCCAAGUUAUGGCAUUUGGCAAAUAUAUCCUUAUCAGUCACGCCAUCGAAUAUAGUCAAUAUGAGAAUGAAACAGACAUGUUUUUGUCAGCAGUCUUCCGGAUCUACUAUUAAAGACAUAUAUAAAUUCUACAUGUCAAAGUGGUGUCAAGUACAUGCCAAGUGUGUACCACUCAUUAGUACAUUAAUUAAUAAUAAAUACCAAUGUAAACAGUACAAACUUUGUUUGAGUACUGUCAUAGAUAAUAUUUAUCAUGACGCUGUAUCUGGAUGGCACCUAUACAAACAGUACAAAUCCUGUCUUAGUGCUGUCACAGAUAAUAUCUAUCAUGACGCUGUAUCUGGAUGGCUGAUGGUUGCUACCCUUUUCUAUAAGACAAAACAAUACAGUAAAGCCUUAUACAUCAUCAGUUAUUCUUUAUCGAAAUAUACUUCUGAAAAACUUUACUUGAGGACUAUAUCGGAUAUCCAUUACCAGUUGGUAAAACUGCAAAUAUUUCAGAAAAAGAGUUUGGUGUGUUUGCUGAAAAUAUUGGUUGUGAACGAUAUACUAUUUGAUAUGAAUUCUACGUUAAUACCAGAUGAACUUCAAAUGAACCAAUUGAAUGAAAUUUGAGUAUUUUCAUCUACAGCGUAAGCUUAUUUCCUUAAUUUCCUUUGUUAUUACCAUCUCAAUAAUGUCAGACAAUGCCUAGAUUCCCUCCAAUGUUCACAAUUGGUUAUAGAUG